AUGACUAUGCACGUGCAGGAAGAAAUCAAUCUAGAGAGAUUUUGGAAAGUAGAAUCAUUAGGAGUAGAACAGAAGUCGGUACACCAAGGCUACGAAGAAUAUACCAAACAGUACCAGAACACAGGCAUUUCGUAUGAGAAUGGAAAGUACAUUGCAAAAUUACCCUGGAAAGAAAAUCAUCCAUUUUUGCCCAGUAAUGAGCUGAUAAGCCGACGAAGAACUGUUAGUGUAGUAAACCGCCUUAGAAAAGAACCAGAACUACUUCAGAAGUAUGGAGAGAUUUUAAGUGAACAGGAGAAGAGAGGUUUCAUAGAAAAGAUUACAGAUGUUAAAUCAAGCGAGAAUACCAAAGUUCAUUAUAUUCACCACCAUCCCGUAAAGAAAGACUCGGCGACCACACCCAUACGUAUUGUAUACGACUGCAGCUGCAAGUCAACACGAGAUUCCCCCACCUUAAAUAAGUGCUUGAUGAAUACCUCACCCAUCCUUAACGACCUAACAGCUAUAUUACUACGCUUCGGAUACCACGUAUUUGCUGUAUCCACAGAUAUCGAGAAGGCGUUUUUGAACAUCGGUCUACAUCCAGACGACCGUGACGUCACUAGGUUCUUUUGGUUAUCAGAUCCGAACAACCCAGACAGUCUACUACAGAUAUAUCGCUUCAAGUCAGUGCUCUUUGGAGCUACGUGCUCGCCGUUUAUAUUAAACGCUACCAUAACAAAACACCUUGCCUUACACAGAUGCGACGAUACAGAGAACGUAUUCAACAAGGAUUAUACGUCGAUUACAUAUUUACCAGCGUACCAAACGAGUCUACACCAACAGCAGACAACUGUUCCAGAAAGCAUCCUUUAA